CAGCUCUGGGACUUGCAAAGGAGAACUUAAAAUGGGCUGCUGUUUCACUAAGGAGCCAAAUAACAGCCAUAGUGAGAAAAUGAGCCUGCUGCAGAAAAGUAUAGAAGAGGAAACCUCUGAAAAUAGGAUAAGUAAAACUUUAACUUCGGUUUUAGAGGCUAAGGAAAAAACGGGAUUGCACAUAAGCCAGGAAGAAGGUUGUCUAGAACCUACCAUUUAUAAUGACUGCUGCAUAGAAUCAAUUAAGCAUCCUUCAGUCCAUCGGGUGGUGUUUGCUGGGAACAUUUCCAGUAGGCAAUUUAAUAAGUAUCAUCCUUUAUCAGAAACCUUAUUAACAGAUGGGAUUAAUGAUAAAAAGCUAACAGAAAAAAGCAGUCCUAACAAUCAGUUUGUGAAUAAUGUAAGCAGCCAUCAUAUUAAUAGUAAUAGUGAAAGUGAAUUGAUUCUCUCUGAAAAGCAAUGGCAUUCAUUUGAAAAUACUUCUGUUUUGUGUGCACCAAUGGCUUUAAACAAAGGAAGUUUGUUUCCAAAAGCUCUAAAUACAUAUAGUAUGAUGGACAACAGUUACAUGGCACAAGCUGAAAUAAAGACUGUUGAAGAUAAUGAUGCAGUUUUAAGUAGAAUGGAUAAGGAAAUAGCAGCUUUGACCUCUGUAUGUUUUGACAUAGAUAGACCCCACAAGAAAGCCAAAGAUGAAUUCUAUAGUAUUUGUAUAAUUGACGAUGAUAUGAGAAAUGAAGAAAGGCAAACAAUCACUGAUGAAGAGUCUAUUACAAUUGUACAACCAUCAGCUAUUCAGGAAGGCUGCAAUUUAACAUGUCCUGUAGAAGAGAAGAAAGAAUUCUUCGUUCAGGAAGCAGAGCGUGUGCCAGUUAAUAUCAGAAUUCUGAAAGAUGCUAAUCUGAUGAACAAUAAUAUGGUGCGAGAAAGUGAAAAGAAAAAAGAUCCUCCCCUUGGCUUGCAUCAAAUGAUUUAGUUUCUGGAGCAGAACAAACUCAUGUACCAGAGUUUAGCAGUAAUGAAGAUUGCAACUCUGUAAGAACUGGUCAGCAACUCCAAUCUCAAAUAAAUAGCAUACCUUCAGAAAACUGUGGUUUGAAAAGAGGUCUGCUGGAGAACAAGGCGACUACCACUUUUUCAGACCUAUUCAACAUAAAUGUUGAAGGAAAAUAUCCUUAUCAUUUGUUAAUGAAAGAAAAGAGUGCUAUUUGGGGAUGGCAAGAGAGAGAUGAAGAAUGUGAGCCAGCCAAGGUUUCAGAAUUAAAUCCUAAUGCAAAAGUGUGGGGGAAUCACAUGGUACACGUGGAAGCAAGUGGUACUGAAGGGGGUGUGAACAAACCCUGGGAAGAAAUAACAGAUCACCCACCAGAUUCCUGUAAAGAAGCAUUAGAGGCUAAUGGUGAUGGUGACAAAAAACACCAGAAUGAAUCGUUAACAAAACAUCAAGAACCAUCACUAUCUGUUCCAUUAUCAAAUCAAACAGAUAUGAACCCUUUGGCUCUAGAUCAUGCAGAGUACGAAACUGUACAUGAAAAUACUGAGACAGGAAGUAAAGAACAUCUUCGGCCAGAAGGUCAAGAAGAUUUACGUGAAGUGCUUAAAAAAACACUGGAGUUCUGCUUAUCAAGAGAAAAUCUUGCCAGUGACAUGUAUCUUAUAUCUCAGAUGGACAGUGAUCAGUAUGUGCCAAUAAUAACAGUAGCUAAUCUUGAUCACGUCAAAAAGUUGAGCACAGAUAUGGAUUUGAUUGUUGAAGUGCUGCGAUCAUUGCCUUUAGUCCAAGUAGAUGAAAAAGGUGAAAAAGUCAGGCCAAACCAAAAUCGCUGCAUUGUAAUUUUGCGUGAAGUACCUGAAUCCACUCCAAUUGAAGAGGUUCAAGCACUCUUCAAAGGUGAAAACCUGCCUAAGUUUAUCAACUGUGAGUUUGCCUAUAAUGACAACUGGUUUAUUACAUUUGAGUCUGAAGCAGAUGCACAACAGGCUUACAGAUAUCUUAGAGAAGAUGUGAAAACUUUCCAAGGAAAACCAAUUAAGGCAAGAAUAAAAGCAAAAGUAAUAGCUAUAAAUUCAUUUUUGCCAAAGAAUGGAUACAGACCUGUGGACAUGAAUAUCUACACACAACAGCGUUAUACAACAUCAUUUGCAUACUUACCUCCAGUAUACGGACCCCAACAGCAAUUUCCACUAUAUAGUUUAAUUGCACCACAGGCCUGGUCUACAACACACAGCUAUAUUGACCCAUCAUUGGUUGCACCAUUUCCAAAUACUGGAUUUAUCAAUGGAUUUACAGCUCCUUCUUUCAAACCAGCUGUUGCUCCACUUGCUACUCUUAGACAAUAUACACCAAGAACCAGAAAUCCCAGCAAAUCAUAUCUACGGCAUACAAUUCCUACUGUAGACAGAGGGACUGGACUGCUAGAGAGCCCUACAAUAUUCAAUCUUUCUGCUGACCGAUUAAUCAACGGUGUCAGAAGCCCACAAACCAGGCAGCCAGGACAAAACAGAACACGGAUGCAAAGUACUACAAGCUACAUAAAGCGAGAUGUAGGGAGCGGGCGAGUAGAAUCCACGGCUUCAGAUUCAUCCCCCAGCUUAGGCAGAGGAAGAAAAAACUCUUACGGCUAUCGAAAAAAGAGAGAUGACAAGUUUGUGAGAGGGCAAAUGCAGUCUCCACCCCCUAUAAAACCGCCAUCUCCGAGUUUUGAGCUGGGCUUGUCCAGUUUCCCUCCCUUGCCUGGAGCUGCUGGCAAUCUAAAGACUGAAGACUUGUUUGAAAACCGGUUGUCAAAUGUGAUUGUGUCAUCAAAAGAAAAAGGCAUCAGUGUAGGUACAAACACAAUACCAGCUGGAAUUCCUCGUGAGCCUUCUUUGCCAGUUUCUUCUGCUCUGCCAGAGACAUCUGAAAUAUCUCCUUCCCCAUCCCAAGCUCCUGAUAAUCCCAAAGCUGUGGACAAGCAGAAAGAAACUCGAAGUACUCAAAGACUUUGUUGCAUUGUUACUACUGCUUCUAAAUCAGUACAAGUCAAUGGUGAUCUUCUAGCACAGGAACGGCGGAAACCUAGUUAUGCAGAAAUCUGCCAGAGGAUCAGUAAGGAGUCAGCUCCGUUGCAGUCCCCAAAAGAACAGAAGCCAAACACAGUUGGUUGUGGGAAAGAGGAAAGAAAGCCCACAGAAACACUAGAAAGAAGCAAAGAAUUGAAGUCUAAAGACCAGUGGAGACCAUCAGGACGCAAGUCUCCUCUUCCUUCAGCCAUUGGGAAACGUCUGACUAAAGAACAGAGCACUCCUCCCAAAUCUCCUCAGUGAAACUAACACUUAGGAUGAAUUUCAAGAAGUUUUCACUAUGAAGUUACCCUAUGUUGACACUCAGAGUACAAAGGAGUUGCUGGUUAAAAGCUUGCAGGAGUUAUGAAGUAUAUGAAAAGCUUGCUAGGUUUUUUUCAUUGUUGUUUGUUGUUAUUGUUUAUUUCUUGUAAAAUAGAUUUUUUUUCCUUCUCUUUUCUUACAUCCUUAUCAUCAAAUUCCCCUUGAGUAAACAAACAGUCAACUCUGUCGGGGUUUAAUUAAACUUUAUGUUAGGUUGGUGCUGAGCUUAAGACGAUGCCUAAAAUCUUUUUUUUUUCAUUAGAUGGAAGAUGCAUUAAUCUGAAAUCCAUUUUUUAUGAAGCCUCCAUGUGGCUGUAUGAAAACAAGCUUGUUCUAAUGAGUUUUUUUUCCUAAUUUACUAGACAGAACUGGGCUGCUGUAUUUCUUUAAAUAAAUGGUUUAUAAGUAGGAAUCUUCAAAAAAAAAUCCUGAAGACUAAUAAUAGCAGCUAAUACAUAAGGUAUAAAGCAGAACAGAUGUUUUAUAAAACAGACAAGUUUAACUUUUUUUUUUUUUAAAUUCCAGUUGCUGUAGCAAAUCAGCAAACAGGCUAUACUUUUUUUUUUUUAAGUUUAGAAAAUAAAACUGGUUCUAAUAUUUUUGUUCUUGGCCAAAGGAGAACUUCAUAAAGAUCAACUGUGAAUGUUCUCUGAAUUAUUUGUAUUGAUAGUCUGCAAGCAAGUAAUCAGUUUCUCAGUCCAAGCUGAAAUGAUACCAUGAAUUUCAGGAAAAGGGGAAAAAAGCACAUUAUGAAUUAUAUAAAUGUACCCUUCUGUAUGGCAGAUGCAAGCUAAUGGCAGUUUUUCACAAGAUAGCACAAUAGCACUCUUGUGAUGAAGAUUUCAUUUUUUUCCCCUGCUCUCAACUAAGGAAGCUAUUUUUGAACCCUUUUCUGGCUGAACCCCUUCUCUGUGUAAGUUUUCAAAACUGUGUCCCAAAUGCUCUUUGAAAGAGUUCAUAUCUUAAUCAGCCUGAGUGCUGACAUGUUCUGUAACUACCAACAUUGGCAUAUGGAUUUAAUAUUUUUUUUUUUGUCCAUGAACUGAUGGUGUUUUUGUAUGUGUGUGCAUGUAUGCGGAAGAAAGACAUUGCCCUGUAUCCUGCCUGGGGUGAGAUUUAUCACACUUUAGAAGCAAUAUGCUUCCUGAAGGAUAAGGCUGCACUUAAAUUAAUAAAUUUCUAAUAAAGUUGCUGGUAACUAUUUUUGUUUUAAAUACCUAAAGUUUUUCCUUUCAGUGUUUAAGCAGCAGAUGGUUCAGAUCAAAAGGUGUUCCUGCUAAGUACAGUUUAUCCCACCUACACACACCCACACACCCAGACUCACACACACACCAAAAGAUUUAUUUAAACAACUGAUUUUUUUUUAAAAAAGAACUAUUUCCAUCCAAUCUUUAAAGACUUGAAUUUUAUUUAAACUUGAAAAUGACUUUGCCUUAACUUUUGUAUAAGACAGCUUAGAAUUAUUGAGGUCUGACCCUCUUAAGGGUUAGCACGGGGUGGCAUAUACCGAAUUACUCAGUUACAGUAUAUAUGUAUUGUCACUGGUCUUACUGGGUAAACAUACUCUAGUAUAGGUUGUGGUGGCAGUUUUUGUAAUAUACCUAAAAGAUCUUAAGCAGUUGAUCUUUUUCAAAAUGUUGAAAAAUCUGUAAAUGGAAAUAGUCAAUACUGUAUUAAAAUGUGCACUUGGAAGUGUGUGCUUUUGCUUGUACAGAUGUAAAUAAUCAGAACAUAUAAAAAGGUACCAUUAAAAACCGAUAAAAAUUAUUGAUAUAUUAUAAAUGUUGCUGUUGAACUGGAUGUAGAUAACUUAAGUGUUGUGGUUUGAAUAUUACUUUAAUUUGUUUUUCCCUUGUUUUCUUUUCUUUACUCUGAUAUGUUGAGCUAAGUCUGCCUCUUCACUGCUAAGGGGAAUGGAAGGAAGUCUAUCUUUAAAAGUCCUGAUCUUGUAAAUACUUUCUGGAAGUUUUGCAUUUCAUUCAUGUGGAACACAGGUGUGCAGUAUAAAUGUCAAUUCCUAGGAGUUGAAAUUUGUGGCAUUAUUUUAAUGGGAUUAGAAAGAAACAACAUUGCCACCAGAAGCUCCCAUCCCAAAUAUACUCAACCACUGGUAAGCCAACAUGUUAGUAAAACUGGGUUUAAAUGUCUACAUAACUACUUUAAAAAAGCAAACAAACAAAAAUCAUAGGCAGUAGAUCCCCUAACAUAAGUUGCUGCUAUUUAUAAUUAUCCUUAUCAAAAGAAAAACAAACAAACCAUCUUGCUCCUUGCACUGCAGACUUUAAAACGGCAAGUUGAGUCUUGUUUGUUAUUUCCUGAGAAGACACACAAGCAGAGAAUCAAAAUCACCUUACUUAACAUUGGUUUAACAUUGAUCUUUCCCCCCCCCCCCACGAGCAGUGACAGGGGCAGUAAGACAGGAGGUAUGAUUUAGGCCGGCUAUGAGUUGUCUUUGUCUGCUGAAAGCAUGAAUAAAACAGCUGCAAACAAAGAGGUGGCUGGGACAAGUAUAAGAGCUAAUCAUCGGAGCUAGCUGAUACAAUAACUUUUGCAGGUCAGUAGAAAAGACUGUAUUUUUAGUGAAUUUGCUGCUGCUCUUUGUACUAGGCUAAUACACUGUAAUUCUCACUCAAAUAACAGUCUGUGACAAAAGUUUGAAACUUUACUGUGAUGACUUUUUUUUUCUUUAAAAGAAAGUUCAUGCCAAAUAAUUUCUCCAGUAAUUUUUAACGUUCUCAUAUUCAAGCAGUUCAGGACGAUUUAACAACACAGGCUAUUUAUGUUUAGCUAUUCAGAUCUGCCUUUUUUAAAAGUCUUUUUAAAUUAUUGAGUGCAGGUUAAAACAGGAAGAACCCAUUGGAAAUGGUGGACUGGAAGGGGUAAGACUACUUUGGUGCUCCUUGUAUAGAAUUAUAUAGGUUCUUCAGAGUCUGUUUAUUCAAAGGAUGCAUUCAGAUAUAAUUUUGUUUCUGCGUAUUUAACAUGUACAGUAUUUUUGCCUUGGGAUAUCCUAUCUACCAUUACUACCCUUGCUCCAAUUUUGCAUCUAGUCAGAGAAACCAAUAAAUUGUCAAGCUCUUAAUUUUGGUUCCUUUUUUUUCCUGCUUCUCUUCUGGAAUUAGAAAUUGUUUCAUUCCUUGGAUGCAGUGCAUUGUCACAGCCACUGAUUGACCAAGGUUUCCAGUCGUUUCUAUAUCCCUUUCAACAUGCUGUAGUUUUUAGGGGUUACGGGCCCAAAUCAGACUGCUAGCAGCGGACAAUCAAAGGUUACUGCAAAGUGAUAGCUGCCAAGUUAUUAAAAGCAAAGAUGUCAUAGGGAGGCCAUAUUUUUUCCUGAAGGUGGGUUUUUAGUUCUUCUGUUUAAGACUGGAAUCAAGCUUACAUGUAAACUAUUUGAUAAUUUAAGUUUCCUUUUGUGUCAUAAAAUGUACAACUGUCUAAAAAUGUAGGUUAUGAAAAAUAAAAAAAUUUUAGCACUGUU